CUUUUUAGUGCGCGUGCGCUCCGAGUGGUUCGCGGAUUGGUUGAGGUGGUAGGGGCGAGGAACCGUGGGAGUCGCGGGAGCUGUUCUGUGUGGAAGCGCUGCUGCCGGUGUCAUGGCGGAGCUGAGUGAGGAGGCGCUGCUAUCUGUAUUACCGACUAUCCGGGUCCCCAAGGCCGGAGAUCGGGUUCACAAAGACGAAUGCGCCUUCUCCUUCGACACACCGGAGUCCGAGGGUGGUCUCUACAUUUGCAUGAAUACCUUUCUGGGCUUUGGGAAGCAAUAUGUUGAGAAGCAUUAUAGCAGGACUGGCCAGCGGGUCUACCUUCAUCUCCAAAGGACCCGUCGUCCGAAAGAAGAUGAUACCACUUCAAGUACUGGAGAUCCCCCUAGGAAGAAGCCUACUCGCCUGGCUAUUGGUGUGGAAGGCGGGUUUGACAUAACAGAGAAGUUUGAAUAUGAUGAGGAUGUGAAGAUUGUCAUUUUACCAGACUACUUGGAGAUUGCCCGAGAUGGGCUGGGAGGGCUGCCUGAGAUGGCCAGAGACAGGAUCACCAGUGCAGUGGAGGCCCUGCUGUCAGCAGACUCUGCCUCACGGAAACAGGAGGUGCAGGCUUGGGAUGGGGAGGUGCGGCAAGUCUCCAAGCACGCCUUCAAUCUCAAGCAGCUGGAGAAUCCUGCCCGAAUCCCUCCCUGUGGCUGGAAAUGUUCCAAGUGUGAUAUGCGGGAAAACCUGUGGCUCAACAUGACGGAUGGUUCCAUACUCUGUGGUCGUCGAUACUUUGAUGGCAGUGGGGGCAAUAACCAUGCAGUGGAACAUUACAAGGAAACUGGGUAUCCAUUAGCAGUCAAGCUGGGCACCAUCACACCUGAUGGUGCAGAUGUUUACUCAUAUGAUGAAGAUGAUAUGGUCUUGGAUCCCAAUCUGGCAGAACAUCUGUCGCAUUUUGGCAUUGACAUGCUGAAGAUGCAGAAGACAGACAAAACAAUGACAGAGCUGGAGAUAGACAUGAACCAGCGGAUUGGUGAAUGGGAGCUGAUCCAGGAGUCCAGCGUGCAGCUCAAGCCCCUCUAUGGCCCCAGUUACACAGGCAUCCGAAACUUAGGCAAUAGCUGUUACCUCAACUCAGUGGUUCAAGUGCUCUUCAGCAUCCCUGACUUCCAGAGGAAGUAUGUGGACAAGUUGGAGAAGAUCUUCCAGAAUGCACCAUCGGACCCCACCCAGGACUUCAGCACCCAGGUAGCCAAGUUGGGUCAUGGCCUUCUCUCAGGGGAGUACUCCAAGCCUGCACCCGAAUCUGGAGAUGGGGAACAGGUGCCAGAGCAAAAGGGAAUUCAGGAUGGCAUUGCCCCUCGAAUGUUCAAGUCCCUCAUUGGCAAAGGCCACCCAGAGUUCUCCACCAACCGGCAGCAGGAUGCCCAGGAGUUCUUCCUUCACUUUAUAAAUAUGGUUGAGAGGAAUUGCCGAAGCUCAGAAAACCCAAAUGAAGUAUUCCGAUUCCUGGUGGAAGAGAAGAUCAAGUGCCUGGCCACAGAGAAGGUCAAGUACACCCAGCGAGUGGACUAUAUCAUGCAGCUGCCUGUACCCAUGGAUGCAGCCCUUAACAAAGAGGAGCUUUUGGAGUACGAGGAGAAGAAACGCCAAGCAGAAGAGGAGAAGCAGCCUCUGCCAGAGCUGGUUCGGGCCCAGGUGCCUUUUAGUUCCUGUCUGGAGGCCUUUGGGGUCCCUGAGCAGGUGGAUGACUUCUGGAGCACAGCCCUGCAAGCGAAAUCUGUAGCUGUAAAGACAACACGAUUUGCCUCGUUCCCUGACUACCUGGUCAUCCAGAUCAAGAAGUUUACCUUUGGCUUGGACUGGGUGCCCAAAAAGCUAGAUGUAUCCAUCGAGAUGCCCGAGGAGCUGGAUAUCUCGCAGCUUCGGGGCUCAGGGCUUCAGCCUGGAGAGGAGGAGCUACCUGACAUUGCUCCACCCCUGGUCACCCCAGAUGAACCCAAAGGUAGCCUUGGUUUCUAUGGAAACGAAGAUGAAGACUCCUUCUGCUCCCCUCACUUCUCCUCUCCGACAUCUCCCAUGUUGGAUGAAUCUGUCAUCAUUCAACUGGUGGAGAUGGGCUUCCCCAUGGAUGCCUGCCGCAAAGCUGUCUACUACACUGGCAAUAGUGGGGCUGAAGCUGCUAUGAACUGGGUCAUGUCUCAUAUGGAUGAUCCAGACUUUGCAAACCCACUUGUCCUGCCUGGCUCCAGUGGUCCUGGCUCCACCAGCACAGUGGCUGAUCCCCCAUCAGAAGAUUGUGUGGCUACUAUUGUCUCCAUGGGCUUCUCCCGGGACCAGGCCAUGAAAGCGCUUCGGGCUACGAACAACAAUCUUGAACGGGCUGUGGACUGGAUUUUUAGCCACAUUGAUGACCUGGAUGCAGAAGCCGCUAUGGACAUUUCAGAGGGGCGCUCAGCUGCAGAUUCCAUCUCUGAGUCUAUUCCUGUGGGGCCCAAAGUACGAGAUGGUCCUGGAAAGUAUCAGCUCUUUGCCUUCAUCAGUCACAUGGGCACCUCUACCAUGUGUGGUCACUAUGUCUGCCAUAUCAAGAAGGAGGGCAGGUGGGUUAUCUACAAUGACCAGAAAGUAUGUGCCUCAGAGAAGCCACCUAAGGACCUGGGCUAUAUUUACUUCUACCAGAGAAUGGCCAGCUAAGAACCUGCACUUUGCCUCACAUCUUCCUGAAAAUGGAGACCAGGCAACAGUGGCAUCACAGACCAACUGGCAUGAGGAGGGGCUGGACAGAGAAGGAACCCCUAUUCUCCUCCUCAACCCCCUUCUCUUCCUAUCCCUUACAGCACACUGGAGGCCUUGAGGGACUGGCUGAGUUAAGGGGAAAGCUGGAAUGCAGGGGCCACCCCCACAGACUUGGUGGGGGAGAGGGGAGGGGAGGAAUGGACCUUCUGUCUGUAAUGAGAUCUUUUCAGUUCCCCUUCAGUUCCCCCUCCCUCUUCCACACCCUUUAGAACUCUGCUUUUGAUUCUCAGUGUAACCUUGCUCAGGCCCUUCAAGGAAGAGAGAUGAAGAGAGAGAGAGAGAGAGAGAGAGAGAGUGUGUGUGUGUGUGUGUGUGUGUGUGUGUGUGUGUGUG